AUGGCGCAAUUAGGACCCAUGGGAAUUCCAACAGAUUAUAUCGUGUUAGUGAUCGAUACAUCUGACAGCGUGGACGCAACAGAUUUGGAGGAAGCCAUAGACUUCAUCUAUAACGUCACAAAAUGGAUAAAAAUAGGUACUCAGGACAUUCAGGUGGCCGUGGUAACUUACGCAAGUGACGUCAAAGAGCAGUUUGACUUAGAUGACUAUGUUGUAAAUUCUACAUUACUGAACGCCAUUGAACAGCUAAAAACAACUCUAAGGACAGGGGGAGGAACAUACACUUUCGACGCCCUCACCUACGUCAAAACUACGUCAUUUCUUUCCAUGCGUGGUGCCAGAAAUAACUCCAUGAAAGCCGUUCUAGUGAUGACAGAUGGGCAAUCAACGAACUAUCCUCUAACUGUAAGAACAGCCAAUGAUCUGAGGUCGGAUUUAAAUGCAGAAGUGUUUGCAAUCGGGAUCGGGAGGGAUUCCAAAAGGAAUCCUGAGAUUCAGGGGAUAGCGAGCGAUCCCGAUUCUUAUUACGUGUAUUAUGUAGACUCCUUUGACUAUCUCUGCAGUGUCGUGCCGACCCUCGUACCAAAACUAGAUCCCGAUGCUGGUCAGGGAAUUUCCACUUGCCCGACAGAACCAGAGGUGACAACCCCCACAAUAGCCAAGGCUUCUUCGAACUCUGAUGUCAUCAUUGCUACCGUUGUAAUAGUUGCAGUUGCGCUUCUUGCUGCCACUAUUACAUCCGCUGUUAUCAUUGAGAGAUCCACGCGCACUUCACCCUAUUUGUCUCUCGAGAGCCAGAUCUCCACCAUUGUAAACCAGUAUGGAAACGCACCUCUUGGGGAAUCCCCAUCUAACUUCGACUCCUCCCAACUUUCAAGCACACCAGACCUGGGACCUCGCGAAAUAAAUCUGGACAUAGUGUCCCCCACUGAUCUCCCUGCUCGUCUGGAUCCACUCCCUAUCCGCAAUCUGGAACUACUUUAAAAACA